AUGGAUCAAGAGCAUAUCGACCUUGAAGUUGGAACUAUCGAAGACCCCGCUGAAAACGUACAAACUAUCGAAAAAGAAGAAAACGCUAGCACGGACAUCGACGACGAAAGACAGAAACGGUAUACCCACUGGAAAAAGAAUGCUAAGCUUUUAUAUGAGUUUUUGAACACCAACAACACCAAAUGGCCAUCGCUAACGUGCCAGCUAUUCCCGGACCUUGAUCUUGCAGGCGAUACACAUCGGAUCCUCUUAUCGUCUUUCACAUCGUCACAAUUGAAACAAGAUGAGUCCCUAUAUGUGGGUAAACUGUCGUCUAUGAAGCAUCUCAAUUGGAGCUCGCUCAAUAACUUCGACAUGGAGGAAAGAGAAUUCAAAAUCGACAACUCGUUGAAACUACCGCCCAAAAACCUGGUGGAGGACCUACGUAUUAAGUUUCCAGCCGGUGGAGACUGUAACAAGGCUCGUUUCAGCCCCGCAAACCCGGACAUUAUAGCCGCAGCGUCGUCCAAUGGAUCCGUAUACGUGUUUGAUCGAACCAAACAUGGAUCGGCCCUUCAGAAGUUACUCUCUGGGUCGUCCAAUGAACCCGAUUACCAGAUACAUUGCCAACUACCGACUUCAACAGAAACUGGGCCCAAUGAAGCACUCAGCUUGGCCUGGAAUUGGCAGCAAUCAGGGUCUUUGGCCACUACAUAUGCACAGGGCCAACUUUGCGUGUGGGACCUUCAAAAAUUCGUCAAAACUUCUACAACACUGAUAGAUCCAGCCUUUACGGUGGAUGUUGAUUCAAAAGGCGCCAAUGAUGUGUCCUGGAUGGUAAACCACGACUCUCUGCUCGCAUGUUGCGGCGAGGGCAAUCUUUUACAGCUCGUGGACGUCAGAACCGACCACCAGACCCAAAAGGUUGCACAAACAGCUUCUCAUCACACAGGGGGGAUUAACGUUUGCCAGUUCAACUACCACAAGGAUCUUUUGCUCGCUUCUGCAGACUCUUCGGGCAACAUCAACCUGUGGGACGUACGAAACUUUCAAGAACCCUUACAAGCGUGGCAACACGGCGAUGCAGUUUCUGCCCUACAAUGGAACCCUCAUCACGGUUCUGUACUUGCCACGGCUAGUCAAAAUGACGGUCUCGUCAAACUAUGGGAUCUAUCACAGCCGGACAAGGAUAACCAGCUAGUCUUCACCCACGGCGGACACAUGUUGGGCGUCAACGAUAUCUCCUGGGACCUUCACGAUCCUUGGAUGAUGUGUAGUGUGUCCAACGACAACUCGGUCCAGCUUUGGAAACCUGCUGGCCACCUCAUGGCGGCUAUUUAG